GAAGGGAACACAUUCAUUCUCAAAACGCAAAAUCCUAAAGACACAUUUGCAAAUUAUCGAAAGAUCAAGAAUGGCAGAAGAAGCAUCAAGUUUGGUCGGGAUCAUUGAGACAACCGUAGAGGUAAAAUCUACGCCGGAGAAGUUGCAUGACAUGCUUGUCGGGAAAAAGCACCAUAUCCCCAGUGCAUCUCCAUCCUUAGUUCAUGGCUGUGAGCUGCAUGAAGGCGAGAUUGGCCAAGUUGGUUCUAUCGUAACCUGGAAUUACUUUCAUGAUGGGGAGGCAAGAGUAAUGAAAGAGAGGAUCGAGUCAAUAGACCCGGAGAACAAUCGGGCCACGUACAGGGUGUUAGAGGGUGAUUUAAUGAACGAGUACAAGAGUUUCGUGGUCACCUUUCAAGUGACUCCUAAGGAAGGAGAACCUGGAAGCGUUUUACAUUGGCACUUUGAGUACGAGAAAAUUAAUGAGGAGGUGGCUCACCCUGAGACUCUCCUCCAGUUUGCCGUCGAGGUCUCCAAAGAGAUCGAUGCACAUCUCAUGUCCGAAGAAUAGAAGAAUAAUUUUCUUCUUUCAAUUCUAUAUAUCCAUACUUCUAUUUGUGUGUUUGCCUUAAAGUCCAGUCUUUGAAUUUGCUAUAAAUAAGGACCCAGGAGCCGCCUUGUCCGAGUUUGUAAAGAGAUAUGUGUCAUGAGUGUUUGGAAGUUGUUAUUUUUGAGAAGCUAAGUGUAGCAGCAUCAGCUAUGAAGCUACUCAAAAUUGAUGUGUGAAAUGUUUGUUUAAUAAUGAAAUCAUAAGUGUUUGAUAAAUAAAUUAAGCAUUCUGCUUUGUGAUUUA